GCCAAACGUGGGGUCCGACAUGGGUGUAUCUACCGCUGAAAUCCUCCCUGCUGUACCACGUUUUUCUCCAUCCCGUUCUGUGCGGUAACCCGUGCGCGCUUCUCUCUCCCACCUCUGCUCUGAUCGGCUCGCUGCAGCACCACUCCUCCCGAAGCAAAGCCCCAACAGAACAAACAUCUGCACUCUGCAGGAGUUCGCCACACGGCAAAGCUCGGGGAUCCCGUCCCCACCGACCGUGGAUCGCUCGCCGGCGGCGGCGACUGGGCUCGCGCGACGGGCACGGGCCUCGGUCGACCGGACGUGCUGCUUCCCGAGGUUGCUAGAGCCGCUCGCUUUAGAUCCAAAACUGCGCCCACUGUGCCGCGGCGUGCCAGUCUCAGACUGCAAUGAGCUUCCUUGCUUGACAGCUCGAAGCCAGUUUGGACACAUCAAGCAGUCAAGCUGCAUUUCACAGUGCUAUCGUCUACUGCUAUGUGCUGCUUAUUAUCCCGGUGGUUGGGUCAUGUCUUCUUGUGGUAGAUCCGCGUAGUUUUGCCUCGCUGCGGACGAGGCGUGCUUAGCUUUAUGAGAGCCACGCCGAUGUGGGUGGCGCCUGUCGGGGCGCGCGGCUAUUCUUCUUCUUCAUGGACGCCGUGAAGGGUGAGGUGAGGAAGGCUGCGGCGGCUCCGGCCGAUGGCGUACGGCGACGGCCUCUGGUGCCGUCCGAGAAGGGCAAUGCCGCUGCUUCAGCCGGCCGGAGAAGAGAGGCCGCCUUCAGGUUCAAGCCCGUGGCUCUACCGUCUGCUCUUGCAGCGAGGCGAUGCACGUCCCCGAGCCCCGGCCGGGCCUCGGCAGUCGAUGGCUCGGCACCAUGCAACAGAGCGCAGUCGGCUGACAGAGAAAGGCCUGCCGCGUCUUCAGCUGCUCCGUCUUCUCGGCUGAAGCCCUCCACCAUCGCCGCGGCAAGCUCCGUCACGCCGGCCCGUAACGCGGCCGCUGAGGCACACAUCACUCCUCCCCGUGCGACGAGCGCGAAGGCCCCUGACGGCUUCUGGGCAUCGGUGCGUAGCUCCUCUCCCUCGCUUCGGUCAGAGUCCGUGCCAGCCCCUGCCAAGAAGAUAGACAGGCUGGCCCGUGGCUUGCCUUCAGAGAUGGCAAAGGUCAAGGUGCAGGCAGGCGCUGCGGCUGAGAGGAAGAGGAGUCCUCUUAGAGGGAACACGAACAACAUCGGCGACCAAUGUGAGAAUGCACGGCCUUCCGAGGCCCCCUCCAAGAGGGUCGUUGAGCAACACCGGUGGCCUGCGAUGAUGACCGGCUGGGGCUCCGCCGGUAGUCUCACUUUGGGAAGCAUUACUCAAGCUGCUGACAAGGCUAGCAUAGCAAGCUCUUCGUCGAAUCCUUCAGGACGUUCUCCAAAGAGGGUGCAUCCAUCUGAAGGCACAGGCAAGUGUCUGAACCGACCGUCGAAUGAGAGGGCAAAGAGGGCGGCCAUUCACCGGAGCAGAAGAGAGGAUAAGACAGACUCAGGCAGUGAUGCCUCGUCGCAAACGUCCGAAAGCUCUAAAUCCGCAUGUCGCCCGAGCAGGGCCAUUUCUUCACCUGUCCCAAUUCUGCACCGAUCAUCGUCACCGAGCAAGGUUUCGUCAGCUGCAUCCUCUACUUCCGGGUCCUAUCAGAGUCCAUCGCGGAUGAGGCCUUCAGCACCUUGCCGAUCAAAAUGUGCUUCAGCUACUCAAUCAUGUGCUGCACAGCCUGUUUUUAACUAUAUAGUUGAUACGCGAAAAGGGAAGAAAAAUGCAGGCCAGAUUGAGAAUAUCCACCAACUACGUCUGCUGCAUAAUACAUACCUGCAGUGGCGCUUUGUAAAUGCACAUUCAGAAGCUACACCAUCAUUCCGGGAAAAUAGUGUUGAGAGCAUUCUGUAUAGUGUUUGGAAAAGUAUCGUGACACUGCGAGAUGCUUUAACCGUAACAAGAAUUGACGUGCGACUCCUGCAGCAAGAGCUGAAGCUGUAUUACAUUCUAACAGAGCAGAUUACUUAUCUUGAGCAAUGGCCGGUACUAGAAGAAGAGAACAGCAGUACUUUAGUUGAGGUGAUCGAGGCUCUUAAAGCAAGCACGAUGCGCCUUCCAGUUACAUCACGAGCACAAGUUGAUGCAGUUGCAGUUAAAAAUGCUAUCAGUUCAGCUGUUGAUGUUAUGCAAGCUUUGAGUUCCUCGAUUUGCUACUUGCAAUCAAAGGUUGAAGAUAGGACAUCUUUGGUUUCUGAACUUUCGGUUAUGGCAAGACAAGAAAAGCUCGCUCUUGAUGAAUGCAGAGAGCUCUUAGCAUCAGCAGCAAAAAUGCAGGUACAGGAGGCCAGCCUUCGCACGCAUCUGAUGCAACUGAGGGAGGGAGUUGCAGGAUGAACCGAUAAGCUGAAGAAAUUGACUGACAGGCUGACAGCAACAUCACUCUAGCCUGGGAAACGAAACAGGAAUCUGUAGAGAUAAGUACAUACCAACACUACACUACACGUACAGUUACCACACAUAUUUCCUGACCUUGGUGAUCAGUUCACGGCGCGAUGCUCUGCAGCUAACCUCAGCUCACGGUGCUUAGAAAUGACAGGGAGGGCUUCGUCAGGUGUAAAUGGUUUUAUUCCUUUUUUAGAUAAAUGGUUUUAUUCCUGGGGAAAGAAAAGAUGUAAAAGGUUUUCACAGUACAGUAAAUCGUCAUUUUCUCUCU